CGGUAUACACGCACAAGAACACAGAAGCGCAAAAAGAAUUUUUUUUUUUAAAUACAACAGUUAUUGCGGUUUUUUUUCUAAAUAUAUAUAUAUAUAUAUAUAUGUGCUUUGUAUAAAACAUAAAUACAUACAUAUACCCAAGUCCAAGUGCAUUUGCAUUGAAGUGAGAUACGUAGUGUAAAACCAACAGGAAUUCCAUAAAACAAACCGAACAAGCGGCGCAUACAAACAAACAAACAAACAAACAAACAACAGCAGCAACAGAUCAAUCUGUUAAAAAUACCCCAAAGACGACUGUGGCAACAAACAACAAGGCACAAGGUCUCAACACAUAGAGACCAACAGUGGCACGUCUUUUCUCUGUCUUUCUGGGGCCCAUCGUCAAUUCCAGCGAACGCUUUUCCAACUGACUUUUCCAACUGAAAAACUGCAAAACUGCAACAACCAAAUCCCAAUAACAAAAUGACCGAUGUAUCGCAUGAGCUGGGCGCCCUGCGCUUUGUGGUGGAAUCGCCGCUGUCAUCGAAGGUGGCCAUGUUCAACAAUCAGGCGACACAGCAUAAGCAAUCGCAGUUAUUGAACCCCUUCUCGCACGAUGGACGCGCCGCAUCGCCGAAGCCAACUUUCUCCAAGGAUCAGUAUGGCAAGCCGCUGGCCGGCAGCCUGACAGAGAUGCGCGGCCAAAAGGCCAACAUGCAUGUGAUGAAGGAAAUGCUGGAGCUGUGCCAGAUCAUUGACUCCGAGGGCUAUCAGGUUAAGGAUGAGCCAACCAUGCGAGUCAUACCCUUUGGCGAGCUGUUCAACAUUUACAACUACAUUUCGGACAAAGUUGUCGGCAUCCUUUUGCGCGCGCGCAAACACAAGCUGCUGGACUUUGAGGGCGAGAUGCUGUAUCAGCGUCGCGACGAUGAUGUGCCCAUCUUUCUGUUGAGGCCCAUUGUUGAAAUACGACGGGAGCUGAAUGACAAGGUUGAGGAGAUUAAACGUGGCGCCAGUCCAGCGCCCCAGUCGACGUCCGUGUUGCUCGACAAAAGUGCUCAUGAGCAAAAACUGAAGGUGCAGUCGGAGCAGCGAAGUGCAUCCAAAUCGCGCACACCUUCACCAGGAUUGAAAUCGAAAUCAAAGUCCAAGUCACCAUCGCCAGCCGUACAAGAUAAUCCGGACGCAAUAACAGCAUUACCACCCAUAGCGACCAAACUGGGAGCAGCAGCGCCUGCUGGAACUGCCGCUGGCGAGGCAGCUACUGCAGCUCCAGUCGCAGCAGCAGCAGCAGCUACUGAAACGCCAGUCGCAGCUGCUGUGCCUGUAGUUGUCAUUGAUCAGCCACCUGUGGAAGCAGCCGACACGGCAGAAGUAACACCAGCAGCUACAACCGACCAGAUGAAGCCGGCAAGUGUAUCCCAAGCGGAGGCAGUGCCUGCUCCAUUACAAACAGCUGAGGCAGACGCACCAGCUGAGGCUGCUGCUGCUGCUGCAACACCUGUUGCACCUGUUGCAUCGACUCAACCUGUUAGUGAAUUGCCCACAAUUGUUAUUGAAGCCAGCGCCACAUUUGUGCGCACGGUCAGCGUGGAGCAGCUGCCGACUGCCGAAAGUAUCUAAAAUGGCAAGCAGGAGCCAGAGCAGGACUUUGAGAAGGUUUUUUGAAAGCACUCGCAACUACUAAAGCGGCAGCUUUAAAUUGCAGUAAUCUAGUUUAAAGCAUAGUUUAACUUAUAAUUAGUGUUAACAGCACUGAAGACACUGAAAAGGAAGGAAAGAGACAGAGAGAGAGAGAGAAAGCAAGAGAGCAACUAUUUAUAAUUGAAUAAUGGACGUAAACAUAAACAUAUGAGUAUAUAAAGUAAAUGUUAUACAUAUAGACACAGUAUUAUAUAAAACUCAUACUUCUUAAUGCAUGGUUAUUAUAUAAUAUGUUGUAGUA